GCUACUUCUCGCGUCUCAAAUUCGCCUCCCACAUCUGCCCUUCUCACAUUAGGAAUCCAACUUUUGCUAGCGAUGAAGUAAAUAGGCUAUAUAUAUAUAUUUUGCCUCCUUUUUGCGCUUUCGUUUCUUUUUGUCGUCUUUAGAAGCAGCCAAGGGAACAGGUCGAAGACGCGUCGGCAAACCGAGACGCGAUAAAUAUGCUAAAAGACAGCUCUGCUACCCUGAUUUCAUCCCUUUCCUUAUUUUGACAUCGAACCCUUAAAGAAAAUAUUGAAGGCGGGUGUGUAAAAAGAGAGCUGGACGAUUGUGCUAAAGUAGAUCUGCAUGCGAUAGCUUCUGGAUCAGGUGCCACCGGCGAGAAGAAGAUGCAGCCUGCGAGCAAGCUCCUGAGUCUCACCCUGCUUGUUCUGAUGGGAACAGAACUCACUCAAGUGCUGCCUGCGAACCCUGAGGAGUCGUGGCAGGUGUACAGCUCAGCACAGGACAGUGAGGGCAGGUGUGUGUGCACCGUGGUGGCUCCUCAGCAGACCAUGUGCUCGCGGGAUGCCAGAACUAAGCAGCUGAGACAACUCCUUGAAAAAGUACAGAACAUGACCCAGUCAAUCCAGACUUUGGAUGAGAGGACACAGAAAGACCUGCAGUAUGUCCAUCGAAUGGAGGUGCAACUGCGUGGCCUGGAGACUAAAUUCAAGCAGGUGGAGGAGAACCACAAGCAAAAUAUUGCUAAGCAAUACAAGGCCAUAAAAGCGAAAAUGGAGGAACUUAGGCCAAUGAUACCAGUGUUGGAGGAAUACAAGGCCGAUGCAAAAUUGGUAUUGCAGUUUAAAGAGGAAGUCAAGAAUCUGACGUCAGUGCUAAGCGAGCUGCAGGAGGAGAUCGGAGCCUUUGACUACGAGGAGCUCCACAACAGGGUGUCAAAUCUUGAGGAGAGGCUUCGUGCAUGCAUGCAAAAAUUAGCAUGUGGAAAACUAACAGGAAUAAGUGACCCUGUCACUAUUAAGACAUCCGGCUCGAGAUAUGGAUCAUGGAUGACUGAUCCCCUUGCCCCUGAUGGUGACAGCAGGGUUUAUUACAUGGACGGGUACCAUAACAACCGCUUUGUACGUGAGUAUCCGUCCAUGGUGGAAUUCAUGAAUUCUGAUAACUUCACCUCUCAUCGGCUCCCUCACCCUUGGUCUGGAACAGGCCAGGUGGUCUACAAUGGCUCCAUUUACUUCAACAAGUUCCAGAGCCACACUAUCAUUAAGUUUGACUUCAAGACAUCCAUGAUCAGUAAGUCCAGCCAGCUGGAUUAUGCUGGCUUCAACAACCGCUACCACUACUCAUGGGGUGGCCAUUCUGAUAUUGAUCUCAUGGUGGAUGAAGGAGGACUUUGGGCAGUGUACGCCACCAAUCAGAAUGCAGGAAACAUCGUCAUAAGCAAGCUAAACCCAAUUACAUUGCAGAUAAUCAAGAGCUGGACCACUAACCACCCGAAAAGAAGUGCCGGGGAAGCUUUUAUGAUCUGUGGAACUCUGUAUGUAACAAAUGGCUACUCCGGAGGAACAAAGGUAUAUUAUGCCUUCCACACCAACUCCUCCACCUAUGAGUAUAUCGACAUCCCUUUCCAGAACAAGUAUUCGCACAUCUCUAUGUUGGACUAUAACCCAAAGGACAGAGCACUGUAUGCGUGGAACAAUGGACAUCAGGUGCUGUAUAAUGUAACUCUGUACCACCUUAUCCGCUCUGAGUAGACCCUGUAUGAGUGACCUUAUCAAGCCACGUGAGAUGUAGAUCUGAAGAAUUACUGAAGAGUAGAAAAAUAACCAGUGAUUGUUCAAUUAAUGAAGACGUCAAAUAUAUAUAUUCAAAGUAAUAUUAGGCAAUGAUAUAAACAGCUGCCAAAAGGUUAUGCCUUUCUUUUGUAAUAUUUGGACACUGAGGUUAUACUUUCUUUGACUGUCUUCUGAAUUUUGUAUCACAGAGUACUUGUACAGCUUUGUCUAUGAAUAUGAAAUAAAGCAUCCUAUUGGCAGAGAGAGAGAGAGAGGAAGUAUGGUGCAGAAAGGAAGACAUUUCUGUUUAUUUACACAAUCAUAGCCUUUGUAUCAAAAGCAAUCAAUAACCUUUCAACACCAACUAAAGAUAUGAAGGCACUGACUGUUGGAGGAACCCUGUUUAAAACAAACAAUAUCAUUGUGGUUGUAUGUACUGUUCUGAUUUUCUUAAGUUUUGCAUGGACAUUUGAUAGCACAGAGGUUCACAUGGAUGUAUGUAGUUCUCAGUAAUAUGGCACAUGUAUAUGAAAAGGAGAGUAGAUUAGCAAUGGGUUGACAUUAUUUGCUAUGUUUUAUUUAUGUCUACUUUUCAUUGACAUUAACCGUGCAUCUGAAAUUUUUUGUGUCCAGAGAAUUUCAAGUUUUUAUUUGGUAGUUUAGAAUGUAACAAAAGAGGAAUUUAUAAAAAUAAUAUAUAUGUCAGCAAAAAAGUAUUACCAUAGAAUGUAUCAAAAAUGUAUUUAUGAGAUAGCAGUCUAUACUUUGAUUGUAUUUCAGAAUUGACUUCACAUAUCAACUGUCUUCGUAGUUUAGAAAAGAUUGAUGGUGGCGUCUAAAACUGUUGCGCUUGCAUAUGUGUUGUAUCUGCAAUGUGAUUGAUAUCAAUA